UCUUCCCGCACAAGCCUCAUUUCCCACUCACUAUAUAAACCCCCACUCUCGUUCAUUUCCCCCAAAUUUCAAAACCCUAAUUCCCAAAAAUUCAAAAUUAAAUCCCCAAAAACCAAUCAAAAAUCAUGUUGGAAUUAAGGCUAGUUCAAGGCAGUCUCUUGAAAAAGGUGAUGGAAUCCAUCAAGGAUUUGGUCAACGACGCCAAUUUUGACUGUUCGGCGACUGGUUUCUCGCUGCAAGCCAUGGAUUCAAGCCACGUGGCGCUUGUUUCUCUACUGCUUAGAUCUGAAGGGUUUGAACAUUAUCGGUGUGAUAGGAACAUAAGUAUGGGGAUGAAUUUGAAUAAUAUGUCAAAGAUGUUGAAAUGUGCAGGAAAUGAUGAUAUUAUUACUUUGAAAGCUGAUGAUGGUAGUGAUACUGUUACUUUCAUGUUUGAAUCCCCCACUCAAGAUAAGAUUGCUGAUUUUGAGAUGAAGCUGAUGGACAUUGAUAGUGAGCAUCUUGGCAUUCCUGAAGCAGAGUAUCAUGCCAUUGUUAGGAUGCCUUCAUCAGAGUUUGCAAGAAUCUGUAAAGAUCUUAGCAGUAUUGGUGACACAGUUGUUAUCUCUGUCACUAAGGAAGGUGUCAAGUUCUCAACAAGGGGUGAUAUUGGAACUGCAAAUGUUGUUUGCAGACAGAACACAACAGUCGACAAGCCAGAAGAAGCUACUAUUAUUGAGAUGAAGGAGCCUGUUUCUUUGACAUUUGCGUUGCGGUACAUGAAUUCUUUCACCAAGGCUUCUCCAUUGUCAAACACUGUCACAAUUAGCUUAUCUUCAGAGCUUCCUGUUGUGGUCGAGUACAAAAUAGCUGAAAUGGGCUAUAUAAGGUUCUACUUGGCUCCUAAAAUUGAGGAAGACGAUGAAGAGAAUAAAUCUUAAAUAUUUGAGGUAGCCAGAUUAUAUCUGGUUAUGUUAUGACCAAAGAAUUUGUAGUAUGUGACACUCUUUUAUAGUUUAGAUUUCAUUCUGUUCAUGUUGCUAUAUUUGAACAGUUCUGUAGGCUUUCAUUGUUUUCUUGUAAACCAUCUUUUAUUAGUUUGUUUUCUGGUUCAUUGAUCUAUAAUCAUGUUUUGCUUUUACUGA